CGCGGGGCGCAGACGCCGCCGGCCCCGCCCCGCGGAUCAGCUGAGGGAGCUGCUAUGUCUGUUGACAGCGGCGGCGGCGCAGCCGGUUCCGGGUUUGGCGCGGGGCGGGGAUGUGAAUCCCGAUGGAGCGGCCCGAGGAAGGCGAGCAGCCGCUGCCGCCGCAGCCCUGGGGGCGGCUCCUGCGCCUGGGCGCCGAGGAGGGCGAGCCGCACGUCCUGCUGAGGAAGCCGGAGUGGACCAUCGGGCGGAGGCGAGGUUGUGACCUUUCGUUCCCCAGCAAUAAACUGGUCUCUGGAGAUCACUGUAAGAUUGUAGUGGAUGAAAAAUCAGGUCAGGUGACACUGGAAGAUACCAGCACCAAUGGAACAGUGAUUAACAAGCUAAAGGUUGUUAAGAAGCAGACAUGCCCUCUACAGACUGGGGAUGUCAUCUACUUGGUGUACAGGAAGAAUGAGCCGGAACACAGGUCUGAGGGUGCUGGCAACUUCCCUAAAGGAGGUGGUCCCUCCGUGGCAAGUGAUGAAAUCUCCAGCUUUGCCUCAGCUCUCCCAGACAGGAAGGCUGUGUCAUCGUCUUCAUUGGAGCCCCAGGAUCAGGAGGAUUUGGAGCCCGUGAGAAAGAAAAUGAGAGGAGACGGGGACCUCGACCUGAACCUAGAGGUGUUGUUUGCACAACCGUGUAGAAACACCCAAACUGUCCACGACAAUGUCAGAGCCGCGGCUGGGAAGCCAGACAAGAUGGAGGAGACGCUGACAUGCAUCAUCUGCCAGGACCUGCUGCAUGACUGCGUGAGUUUGCAGCCCUGCAUGCACACGUUCUGUGCGGCUUGCUACUCGGGAUGGAUGGAGCGCUCAUCCCUGUGCCCCACCUGCCGCUGUCCCGUGGAGCGGAUCUGUAAAAACCACAUCCUCAACAACCUCGUGGAAGCAUACCUUAUCCAGCACCCAGACAAGAGUCGCAGUGAAGAAGAUACGCAAAGUAUGGAUGCCAGGAAUAAAAUCACUCAAGACAUGCUGCAGCCCAAAGUCAGGCGGUCUUUCUCCGAUGAAGAAGGGAGUUCAGAGGACCUGUUGGAGCUGUCGGAUGUUGACAGUGAGUCCUCAGACAUUAGCCAGCCGUACGUCGUGUGCCGGCAGUGUCCUGAGUACAGAAGGCAGGCGGCGCAGCCUCCCCGCUGCCCAGCACCCGAGGGCGAGCCAGGGGCUCCGCAGGCCCUGGGGGACACACCCUCCACAUCCGCCAGCCUCACGACAGCAGUUCAGGAUUACGUGUGCCCUCUGCAAGGAAGCCACGCCUUGUGCACCUGCUGCUUCCAGCCCAUGCCUGACCGGAGAGCAGAGCGCGAGCAGGACCCGAGUGUCGCCCCUCAGCAGUGUGCGGUCUGCCUGCAGCCUUUCUGUCACCUGUACUGGGGCUGCACCCGGACCGGCUGCUUCGGCUGCCUGGCCCCGUUCUGUGAGCUCAACCUGGGUGACAAGUGUCUGGACGGGGUGCUGAACAACAACAGCUACGAGUCAGACAUCUUGAAGAAUUACCUGGCAACCAGGGGUUUGACAUGGAAAAACAUGUUGACUGAGAGCCUUGUGGCUCUCCAGCGCGGAGUGUUUCUGCUGUCUGGUGAGUUCUCUUGCCUCCUGUGCGAUACAUCUAAUAGAUGCGUAACCUUUCUUUUUCCAGCGGCUGUAACAUCCCGUCCUGACUGCUACUGGGGCCGUAACUGCCGCACUCAGGUGAAGGCUCACCACGCCAUGAAAUUCAAUCAUAUCUGUGAACAGACAAGGUUCAAAAACUAAGCAUCCAGAGGCCCCGAGCAGCUUUCAGCACUGGAGGUGAAGAGAGCGCGUUUUCAAAAUACAGAGACAAACAUGUCAGGGCAUUUGCACGGCCCCCUGAGGGGCGCAGGGUCUCCAGCAGGUACUCUGGGGUGACUCUUUCUUCUGUGGAGCUUCACCCUCUGAGUGAGACCCUCCCUCACAGCCCUGGGGGCCACAACCCGCCCUCCUGGUGAGCACAGGGCAGGGCUCGCCCUUGGAUGAACAGCAGAGACUAAGCCCUUCCUGCCACACACAGCCGUCCCGCCGAGAGGGGCAGUGCAGGUUUGCUCUUCUGUACCUUUUCUGUCAUUACAGUUAAAGCAGAAAUCUGUUUUCAGGAAAAGUUUCAAGGGAGAAAGGGGAACCAUUAUCAAAACCAUUGGUUCAGGGGAAGGGAGCGUAAGUUUACAGCCUACAGGAUGUACAGAAUAUUCUGCUGCUGGGAAAACCACAGCAUUUUAUAUAUUUUUUAUUUGAAUAGGUUUGGUGCUUAUCUUCUAAUAAGAUUUAAUUGUCACAAACUGUAGCACAAAUAAUAUAAUUUAUAAUUUACAAAUUGACUAAAAUUGGGUAUAGUAUGGUAUUUGAAAGAAUAAGCUUAUGCUUCUGUUUAUUAAAAAAAAAAAAAACCUUCAAAUGUCUGAAACUGUUAACCCUCGAUGUGGCCGUCAGGUUACCGGCUCCUUGCUAAUGUGUGAGCAACCGUGGUCCCAAGCCGGGGCUGGGCACAGGUCCCAGGACACGCCGCUCCCUCAUACUGCCCGGGCCCUUCCUCUGAGACCCUGCAGAGCCUAAGGGCACCUUGGCUUCCUUCUGUGCUAGGUUUCCCGUGUCAUCUGGAAUAAUACUUGAAAUUUUGAUUUCUGGGGGAAAAAAAAGAUUUUUAUCUUUUGUUGAAAUCACCUGUUGCCCUUGUUUGCAAACUGAUAACUUUUUUGCUUCUUCUCAGGAAUACAAUUUUCAACUGUCUUGCUCUUGAUAGAAACUGAGAAGCAGCACUCUGUAUUUGUGGAGGAAAGUCCUCUCUUUUGCAUUGUAAUAAAUGAGCCGUGUUUGCUCCUCC